AUGGCCGACCUAAUAGGAACCAAAGUGAAUGUACCUGGUGCAUCUGGAUAUGCUGUGAUACGGUAUGUUGGCACCAUCAUAGGCAAGAAUGGUAUAUUUGUUGGGCUUGAGUUAUUAGGAACAUUGGCAACCACACGAGGUAAGAAUUCUGGAGCGGUAGGUAAUGUACAAUAUUUCACAGUAGAGAUACCCAAGAGUGGGUUGUUUCUACCUUAUGAGAGGUUAAAGAGUGUUAAUCCCAAGCUACCAGAGGUCACGAGAUACUUACCGAGUGUUGCACCACCACCACCACCAAAUACAAAGGCGCCAGGAUCUUCUGGUGGUGAACCUGUUACUUUAGCUUCAUCUCCAUUUUCCAAUUCCCAUUUUAUUGCUUCCACUGCUGCUACCUUCAACACCGGUACUACUUACACCACAACGGUUCCUACCGACUACAACAAUUCUAAUUCUACUAGUGCCACAACGAAUCAUUAUUUUAUGAGGUCUCCACUAAGUCCUGCAAAUCAAGGCUCCUACUCCAAUUCUAGAUUGAACAUGAUGAAUGAGAACUUGUACAAAUCUGAACCACCUAAACAGGAUAUGAUUGUUCAAUACGAGAUGGAGAUUAAAGAGUUACGAAAAAUGGUCAAGGACAAGGAUCGUAGGAUUGAGAGUUUCGCAAAACAAAGAGAAGAGUGGCAUAAUGCCAUUGAUAAUCUAAUGGCGGUACAACAAGACGGAAUGCAAGUUUUUGAAGAAAAAAUUCAAGAAUUGGAAAUGAUCAAUGACAAGCAAGCAAGCGAGAUAAAGCGGUUGACUAAUAAACUUGUUUCAUCAAACUCUAAGAUUGAAAAGUUAGAGUUGGAAUUACAAAAGAUGAAAAAAAAGGGGAAUGAGGAGAAACCAGGUAGAACUAAUGUUGAAACUACUGUUUUAGAGUUGGAAAAAGCCAAUAGUGAGCAAUUGAACGAAAUUGGCGAGUUCUUGACAAAACCAUCAGAAUCAUCGAGACUUAAAAUCCACAAACAGGAAAGUUUGGAUUCAAUGUUAGCGGCAGAUAUAAAGAGUGUUAAUUUAUUAGGUAGUUUCACCACAAUCAGCCGCGACAAUGUUGAACCUGCAGCAAUACAACAGCAACAACAGCAACAGCAGCAACAACAGCAACAGCAACAGCAACAAAGCAAAACAGCUUUAGCAAAACCCAACUAUACCACUUCUGCAUCGUUAUCAUCAACAAGUGACCUUUUACAAGGAUCAGUUAAUGAGCAAUUUAUCAAUGACAUACCUAUAGACCUACCUAUCUAUAAAGCAAGUAAUACAAUAGAUCCAUCGCUGGGUAAAGUUGAUUGGUGUGGAUUAUGCGAACGAGAUGGUCACAGUAGUAUCAAUUGUCCUUUUGAGAAUGAUAUAUUUUAA